GCAGGUGACUAGAACAAUAUGCGCGAGACACGGAGACAUGGUUUGUUCAAUUUCCGAACACAUCUCGAAAAAAAUUCAAACUGCGUUCUAUCUGAAGUUUUCAUCACUUAAAAGGAAAAUCGUUCCAAUGCUACAAAUAAGUAAACCAUUGCAAUGUCAAGGAAGUCACUCGGUGUAGCAUGCCCUGAUAGGGUAUGUACGGGGGCACGCGUGCCACAAUUACUUAUAUUCACACACCGCGCUCUAAACAUAUAAUGCGUACCGAUAAUUAAAUUUUGUGGUGUGAUAUAAGCCGUUUGUAAGAAAACAAGCAGUUUUGAAUGCGGUGAUACUGUAAUUAAAGCAACACAAUGCUACCUUGCAAAGAACCUUAAAAAAAUAAAAUAUCAUAACUGCAGCGCCCGCUAUCCACACUAAAUCCAUUUGGCAUGUUGUCGCAUACAAGAAAUUUUCCAAUAUGGGCGAUAUAUGGCUCUUGUUUGGACAGCACGUGUCGAGCACAUUAUCUUCAAAUUCUAUAUACAUAGAAUCAACAUUUCAAAGCAAUGGAUCGCUAAUUGUUUUGAUGGCGAAUAAAAGUGUAAAAAAGCUGCGAAAACACUUUACCGCCUAAACAAAAGUCAUUGAUGACCAGAUUAAAUUACAAAGAUGCUACCGAUCUACAUGGGCCUUUCAUUUGGGGCACCCAGCUUUAAUUAGCUUUGCCAGCCAAUCACCGCUUAGGCUGGUCACGUGAUCAUCAUAGCAGCUGGUCUAGUCAAACUACAAGGUGCGACAGCACUGUACAAGUCCAAAAGCCCCUUCAGUAUAAGCAAGAGACUAUAAAACGCCACGACCUUGGAGGAGGAAUUUAGCAAAUUUUACCAGCCGUUUUUUCGUGAAUUUAAAUGAUGGACGUCGACCAACAGACCGUAGUGGAAGAUCGCGACAUGGAUCGCGAAAGCUCCUCGCCGAAGAAACAAGAAACCGUCGAGCGAAAGCCAGAGGUGCUGUGCAAAGUAUGUGGAGAUAUUUCAUCCGGAAGGCAUUACGGCGUGUACACAUGCGACGGGUGUAGUGGGUUCUUCAUGCGGAGUGUAAGGAGAGAUAUGGUCUAUUCCUGUAAGGGCAACGGAAAUUGUGUCGUUGAUAAGAAAAGACGGAAUCAGUGCCAGGCUUGCCGCUUUCAAAAAUGUCUUGAUGUCAAGAUGAACAGGUUCGCUGUUCAACAGGAAAGACAACCCAACUCUACUCGCCUACUCAAGCCGCCGAUGGGUGAUGAAUACGCAAGCAAAUUCAUGAAUAACGACUUUCUGACGAGCUUGAUAGUGGCAGAACCCUGCCGAGAAGCCGUACAUCGAUUCGGACACCAAACCUCAGGAAUACCCUAUCCAUCACAACAAGAAAUAGCUACCUCGCUUUACUGUUCAACCCCUGACGCCAUCUGCGAAUCUGCCGCGCGUUUGUUGUUCAUCUCUGUGAAAUGGGCGCGAAACAUCCCUUCUUUCGUGAACCUGCCGUUCCGCGACCAAGUGAUCUUGCUAGAAGAAGGCUGGAGGGAGCUGUUCAUCAUGGGAGCUGUCCAGUGGAAUAUGCCCCUUGAGGUUGCGCCCCUCCUGGCAGCGGCAGGAAUGCAUGUGGACAACACGCCAGCGGAGAAGAUUGUGGCAACCAUGGCUGACAUUCGCAUGCUGCAGGAAAUUAGCGCGCGGUUUCGAAGUCUACAAGUUGGCGAGGCCGAAUUCGCGUGUUUAAAAGCGGUGGUACUUUUCAAAUCUGAGCUCAGAGGAUUGCGUGAUCCACAGCAAGUGGAAUGUUACCAAGACCAAGCACAGAUCAUGUUAGGAGAUUACAUCAGGAGGCAUUUUCCCGGUCAGCAAGUCCGCUUUGGAAAGCUUCUGUUAAUGUUACCAUCCCUGCGUAUGGUGAACCCCAAGACGAUCGAAGAGCUGUUCUUUCGUCAGACCAUCGGCAGUGUUGCAAUUGAAAGUCUUCUUUGUGACAUGUUUAAGUCCAGUUGAUUGGCAAAAGGAAAAUUUCGUUACACUUUCCCCAAGGACAACAAGCAUUGAAAUGAGGCUCCGUUGUUGUGGAGUACCUCGGUUAACAACAGUGAACAAUCACAUGGUAGUCUGUUACAAAUCAAACAUGGGUGUGAUUUCCAGGCUAAGUUGUUUUCCAAUUACCGCAGACUUUUCUGCCAAUAGCAAGGGAGAAAGUAUAAAUAAAUCAUAAUUACAGGUUUGUGACUAAGAAAGCUUUGUUUUAGAAAAAAAAACUAGUAUAAGAUAUUAGCGUAGAAAUAUACUAUAACAUGUAAAAGCAAAGUACAUUUUUAAGGGAUUGAAAAUUGUUAAGUACAUGAAGAUUUCCUUGCCGAAUUUUAUAAUUAAUGGCCAGAAAGCUGUCAUUAUACAAGAAGCUUAUUUUAAAACAGUAUGUAAAACGUUAGGCUUCAGAUUACUGUCAACAAUUUUAAACUGUUGAAACAGAAGGGACAUUGCCCGAGGGGGAUAUCUAUUUAAAAAGGACGGGGGGGGGCUCGUCGUACCUUUCAGGGGUUAAAAAAGCGGUUUUGG